AGGCAGCAAUGAGGGGCAACGAGCAGCAGCACACCCCGACAGAGGCAGCAAUGAGGGGCAAGGAGGAGCAACAGCGGCAACGGCAACAGCAACAGCUCUCCUUGGGCCUUUCAGGUCCCCCAGGUGCCACAGGAUCAAUACAACAGGACCAGAAUUUUGAUCUGAACGUGUUGAAUGAAUUUAUCUUGAAAGAUCUUGAAGAAGGGCAAAGCGGGAAUUCCGUGUCUUGUGAUUUCAACAAUCCCCACAUCGGAGAGAUCAGGAACCAACUCAUGAACUACAUCCCAGGAUGGGCAACCUCGCCAGUGGAGCUGGUGCCAAUGGACACGGGCUCCCCUCAGCUGGUCAGCCGGGGCACGGGCUCCCCUCAGCUGGUCAGCCGGGGCACGGGCUCCCCUCAGCUGGUCAGCCGGGGCACAGGCUCCCCUCAGCUGGUCAGCCGGGGCACAGGCUCCCCUCAGCUGGUCAGCCGGGGCACGGGCUCCCCUCAGCUGGCCAGGAAGGAUGAUCGGACGCAGGAGGCGAAGAGGAAGAUGGCGUACCGAGUGGGCAGACGGCUGGACUCGCCCUCACCCCGUGCGAGCUCCAGGCCCUUUCCCCACUCACUGCCCAGCGUUUUUGUGAAGGAGGAGAUGCCGAAGCUGGUGAUCGUGGAGCAGCCCAAGCAGCGGGGGAUGAGGUUUCGCUAUGAGUGUGAGGGCCGUUCAGCGGGAAGUAUCCCUGGAGAGAACACGACGGAGCAAACCAAGACCCUGCCCACCAUCCAGAUCCAGAAUUGGCAAGGCGAGGUCAAAGUGAUCAUUUCCUUGGUGACCAAAGAUGAACCGUACAAGCCUCACCCCCACAGCCUGGUGGGGAAAGAUUGUCAAAAUGGCAUCUGUGAAGUAACUGUCAGUCCCAAGUGCAACAUGAAAGCCAGUUUUGCUAAUCUGGGCAUUCAGUGCAUGAAAAAGAAAGAGAUCGGGAAGGCCCUGGAACACCGGCUGAAACUCGGGAUCGAUCCUUUCAAUGUCGGUGACUCUGCGAGGUGUUCAGAAGAUGUCGACAUGAAUGUGGUUCGGCUGUGCUUCCAGGCCUUUAUCCAAGAGACGAAUUUGGCCCUGGCCCCCGUCCUAUCGGAUCCAAUCUAUGACAAAAAGGCGACGAACACCUCGGAGCUGCGUAUCUGUCGCUUGAACAAAGACAACGGGGUUUGCACAGGAGGGGAGGAGCUGUUUCUCCUGUGUGACAAGGUGCAGAAAGAGGACAUCGCGGUUGUCUUCUCGAGAGGCAGCUGGGAGGCGAAGGGGGUCUUCUCUCAGACUGAUGUUCACCGGCAGAUUGCCAUCGUGUUCAAAACACCGCCAUACUGCGACAUCGAUAUCCAGGAGCCCGUCACGGUGAAGCUGCAGCUGUACCGCCCGUCAGACAAGGAAUACAGCGAGUCAUUCGAGUUCCGUUACCUCCCAAAACUAAACGACGCCUACGGAGUUCGGAGUAAAUGCUCGAGAAAGAUCAAGUUCCCUUCAAUCAACACCUUAAUGGGUUCCAGUAUAGCUUCAGCAGAACCAGUAACACGUUUGAAGAAUCAAGCUUCCAGUUUUACUCAGCCAGAUCCAUCAGCUGUGCAGAUAAAACAGACCAUCAAGAAUCAAGAUUUCCAAUAUCCGGCUAACAUCGACGUUGGUUAUAAUUUUCAACACGAGGACGAUCAGCUCUAUUUGAAUCCGGUGACCAAGCCCUGGAACUGCUAUACACAGGAGGAAUAUGCAGCCGCCGCUCCCUACACUGACAAUGCGCUGGGGGAUAUGCAGGCUGACGCGUACAGUCAAUGUUACAUGAAAGACGAGCCUUUGGACACUGCCGGCUACGGGUUUUACAGCCAGUUGGAGGAGCUGCAGAAAUGCCAGGAGCCCAAUGGCGCCAGCGGCUCCUUCGACGCCAACUACAACACUCUGACACCUAUCGGAGACCUCCCUAUGGCUCAGGCGGACAGAGACCUCGACAGCUACGUUCUGACCAUGGAAUUUGGCAACGGCAGCGAGGAACUCUCCACCAUCUUGGGCAGCAGUAUUGCCAUGCCUAGCGAGCAGCCAGGACCCAAGGGCUGAGUGGUGACUUGCUCGCUGACGGAGAGAAUACCGUCUGGGGGGUGGUGGUUGAAGGAGAGGUGGCGAUGGGGAUGGCAGAAAUGGUGGGGUGGGAGGGGGUGUGCUGGUGUUGUUAUCAGGAAAGGGGUGGGCUGCGAGGACAGCGCGCUGUACCAUUCCCUCCCCUCCCCCAUCCAUCCCCAACCUCUUAAGGUGCAGCCACAUCUUCACAUGAUUUGCCCUCCACACUUUUCCGGUCUCGCCCCUUAACAGGGUGACUGCUUCCCAAGUCCUGCUGAUUAUUGAGCCUACCCUACCCUCUAGGGCUGAUCCCAUGCCAAAGAUGUGAGAUGGGGUGAGGGGAGGUGUUCAAGAAAUUCCCCCCCGACCUUCCUUUAUAUUCAGUUGUUAGCCCACAGCCACCAUACCCUCGCCUUGGGUCACAGAUACACUCGGAAGCCAGUUGAAGAGGCAAGGAUGCGGUGAAGGGAACAGGCUGUUCCAAGGAUGAUAUCCUUGUAAUCAGAGCUCUGGGCUCCCGGUCAUCCUGGCAUUGAUGUGACUCCUAGUUCAAAGUUUGUUGAAUGAUGGAAUCCCUACAGUGUGGGAGCAAGCCACACCCACCCUCCAAACAGCCUCAUCUCCAGACUACCCCCCACCCCCCGACCCGUAACCCCAUGGCUGACCCAUCCAGCCGGGCCAUCCCUAUGGGGUAAUUUAGCAUGGCCAAUCCACCUUAACCUGCACACCUUUGGGACCGUGUGGGAGGAAACCCACGCAGACACGGGGAGAAUGUGCAAACUCCACACAGACACCCGAGGGUGGGAUCGGACCCUGACUCCCUGGCGCUGUGAGGCAGCAGGGUUAACCAUUGAACCACUGUGCCCUCUGCGCUGAAGGGGAGGAGAAGGCAGAGAUGUGUCUCUGUGAAGUGCAAGUCUUGACAUUCCAGGGUAAACAGCAGGCAGUACACACCCCGCUUGACUGGGGAAGGAGAGGAGAUGGUGCCAGGCUAUCGGGUACAAGGCUGACAUAGCACUUCCCAUCCUGCAUACCUUUCCAUAAUCCUCACCCUCUGCCAAAAUGAGGUGAAUUGUGAACAGGUUAAAUGAAUGUGGAGCUUGAAAAUGCCUUGUACUUAAGAUGCCCACUUUGUUCAUUGAUGGCGGAAUUUUAGAUCCUAGCUUUGGGAUCCUUUUACUCACUGCUAAAUUUUUAGAACAAAAAAGAUCCAUUUCUUACUUUUAUAAUGAAAGUUAAGAAACACCUGAUAUUUGUGAAGUGCUUAAUUAACUUUUUUUUUAAAAAGAAUGUCUGUCUGUCUCUCUCUCCAUUUAAGGAUUGUUACUUCCAACUGAUUGUGUGGUCUCAAGAAUUGUCCCCAUUUCUGUUCACAAUUUUUCGUGACAGAUUGAAAGACCCCAGCAUUUCCUCUGGGGCUGAGUGCUUUUGUCUAUGAUUGUAAAACGGAGAGCCUGUUUGUGGGUGGAAAGUUCCGGAAGGUGGCCAACGCUGCUUAUUGAGGUCUCGGACCAGCCAACCUCUCCAUCCUUUCCAUUUUGCUCGAAGGAACUGACGUACCCUUUUCAAAACCUGAACUCUUCAAAGCCAUCCUGCUCUCAACUUCCUUUUAUAUUUCAUCCUCUGUGUCCGACCUGUUCCCCUCUCUCAGAAGAUCCUGCAUGCACUCUGAAAGCCGUCUCUCCAUUAACUUGGGUUUGUCCAAAUUAUCAUAUUACUUGUACAAGUUCUCUUCACCCCCGACCACUGAUCAUAAGCAGUUCCCGGGUCACAUCGUGCCUGGAUUUUAAAAUCCUUGUCAUGGGUUUUCUAAACCCUCUGUGCCCUCAUCUAUCCUCGACUUCUCCUCCAGCUCUGGCUUUUCUGCACUCCUGUUUUAACCUCUGGAGCAUGCCUAAUUUAAUCCCUUCACCAUUGAUGGCCAUACCUUCAGAUACUUGGAUUUCCUCUCUGUCUCUACCUCUUCUAUAGCCAAGCCUUUUGGUAAUUUUCCCUAAUGUUUUCGUGGCUUACUAUUCAAUUUUGCUUUGUCUUCCUGUACGGGUCAUUUUAUAAUAGCAUUGGCACAAUUGUAAAUAAAACUUGGUCAGCGACAAGAGAAGUUAGUGCCCAGUGCAGAUACAAGCAAAUAAUGGAAUAUGCUCUGUUGGUUUCUUGAUCAUAGCACUACCUUAAAAGGUUUUUGUAAGAUUUUCUUUGGUUACUGGGCAGAAGGUAACUCUUUGUCUUGCCCCAAUGUCUGCUUCUACACCCUCCCUUUUUGCGGGAGACACAGUGGUGACUGUUACCGGCCUAAAUAUUUAGGCUCAUGGGGUCAAGGCGUCAAACCCCAUCAAUUGUUGUGACAGCCUAACUGGUUCCCCAAUAUCCUUUAGGAAAGGAAAUCUGUGUUUUUUACCCAGCCUGGCCUACGUGUGACUCUGACCUGCUCUCGAAGUGGCUUGGCAAGGCAUUCAGUCUGUUGAGGACCAGCAGCUAAUCCUGGCCUUGCCAGAGAUGCCCCUGAUCCAUGAAGGAAUUUUAUGCUGACUGAACACUGCUCGCCUAUGAGAUUGACUCACUGACAGGUGCUUGACCUUUAUCAGUGCAAUACAUGCAAAGUGAAUCAUGGCUGAGGAACAAGUUGUAAUUAACCUUCCAGUCAAAGUGACUUCUAUGGGGUUUGUAUCUUAAGGCAGGCAAGCUGUGUGGCGCAGUGGUAGUGUUCCUACCUCCUGGGCUAGGGGACCCGGGUUCAAGUCCCACCUGCUCCAGGGGGAUGUAUUAUCGUCAGAACUGUUGAUUACAAUAGUCUACAGUUAAAGACAGUAAACGUUACACAAAAGAUAGGUGGACAGUGUGUGAUAAUAGAAUAAUGCCAAGGUUGAUUUCAAAUUGAACUGAAUGCUGCUUUAUCCAAGCAAAGACUGAUCAAUACUGUGGAAGGAUGUCCAGUGAGAGUAGACUUAAGGCAGUGAGAUGAGCUACAUGGUGUUGUUUGACUAUGAGAUGGAAGCUGUAAGCUCCAACAGGCUGUAGGUGCCCUGUGUAUGAGUGAUGGCGACUGUUUCAUCUGUGUUAUUCCUGUAGAGAGUCCUGGGGUGUCUUAACAGAGGCCGCAGUAAUGUUAGUCAAGCGUGUAGGUUUGCCAAUUAGGAUUGAAUCUACUUCAACGCUCCCUCCUCCACCACCACCCAACUCACCCAAACUCUCCAAUCUUUAAUCAGCCAGUACAGCUGUCUUUGUGAAACACUGGGCCAAUGAAAAAGCAAAAAAGACUCACUCUAGCCAAUGGACUGCGAGCCAAACAGCCUUUUGAUUUCGCAGAUAGCAAGAACUGCAGAUGCUGGAGGAACACAGCAGGCCAAAAGAAUUCUGAAGAAGGGUCCCGACCCAAAACAUCAGCUUUCCUGCCUCUUCUGAUGCUGCCUGGCCUGCUGUGUUCCUCCAGCUCCAUGCUGUGUUAUCUUAGCCUUUUGAUUUCACCAUUUUCAUAUCCGGUAAUGAGUGAGUUUUGGUUUAUUUAAAUGUAAGAAUGGGGGUGGGGGGUAGGGCAAUUAGGAAUGACAGAGGAGGAUUAUCUUUGCUGAAUAUUUGGAGAGCCACGGGGGUUCAGACAUUGAUCUCUAUCCUGGAUAUGCUCAAUGGAUAUUAAAAGCAGCAAGGGAUGGGGGAUAAUGCGGGAAAAUGAUAUUGAAGCUGAAGAUUAGACCCAUUUUAAGUCGAAACACACAGCAGGUUUGAGGGGCCGAAUGGCCUACCUGAGCUUCUGUUUCCUACAUUCCUACAAAUUGAUCCUGGGAUUUUCCCAUUGUACGUGGUCACAGCUGACAAGUGCCAUUGAGCGUUGGUUUUAAAUGUCUGUCGAAGGGAGGGAAGGAGAGAGAAAAAUUGGAAAUUGUUGUAACAGAUGCUGCAGUGAGCCUGGAUUACAAAGGUGAAAUUCUGUGUAUAUGGUGUAUGUAAUGUAAAUAAAUAAUUAACUUAAUUACAAUCGGGAGUUUCCAAACUGUAAUUCCAGUGGUAAAACAGGUGUCAGUUAAUUUCCCUUGGCUGCUUGCAGCGAGAAUGUAAAC